GGAUACCGAAGAAAAUGAGUUAGACAAUAACGCCGAUGCACGCAACGAGUCGAAAAAAUCAUAACAAACCUUGGGAUUCACCCACAGCUUCCUGACCCAUUCCGUCACAUGCGGAUAUUUUUUUCUUGGUGCGCACUUAGGCUGGUUUGGCAUCAUGUUUUCCAGCUCCACCAGCCGAAAUGACCCGCGUCGUUUUACGGGUCCGGAUGGGGCCUACAGUUAUCACGACAUCUUGACGGGUUCCACGCCUGGACCCACCCCUCAGCCUCCCAAGUCAUCGAUGAACAUCAGACCCCUGUUCCUGAAAACGGGCUUAUUGUCUAAUGCCCAAGGCUCUGCCUAUGUGGAACAAGGUCAAACCAAAUUGUUGUGCUCCGUAUUUGGUCCCAGGGAGAUCCCCCGGCGCUCGGAUUUCUCGCUCAAGGGCGUGCUCUCCGUAGAAUUCCGCUCCGCCCCCUUCGCUCACCCGCGUCAUCGCAUCAGUUCAGCCUUUGAAGCCCAACCCACCGAAAAGGAACUCAGUCUGGUGCUCGAGGGCGCCUUACAAGCGGCCGUUUGUUUGCAUUUGUAUCCCAAGUCUCAAAUUGACGUGUAUGUCCGCGUAUUGGAAGACGAUGGAUCGGUUUUAGCUGCGGCCAUCACCGCUGCGGGUUUAGCUUUGGCCAAUGCCUCCAUACAGAUGUUCGACCUGGUUUUGGGCGCUUCUUUGUGUCGUAAAAACGAUCUGAUUCUGGUUGACCCUACACUCAAUGAAGAAUUGGGCGCCAGCGAAGGUUGUGAUCUGGAUUCGGAGGGUCAUGCUUCGCUCUUGACCAUUGGUUACCAGCCUUCGUUAGAUCAGUUGGUGGCUUAUCAGCAUGAGGGAAUCAUUACGGUGGACCAGAUCGAUCAAGAUGUCGAAUUGCUGAUGAAGAAGUGCAAGGGCUUCUUACCCAACGUCCAGUGUUGUUUAUUGGAGUCCCUGAAAAUUCAAACCAAAUCACAUCGACAACAUGAAUAAUGCGAAAUAAAACUCCGUUUGAAAGAA